UCGGGCCAGUUCGAGCUGGAGAUCUUGUCCAUGCACAACGCCAACGGGGAGCUGCAGAACGGCCACUGCUGCGGCGGCGGCGCGCGGAGCCCGACGGAGCGCAAGUGCACUCGCGACGAGUGCAACACGUACUUCAAAGUGUGCCUCAAGGAGUACCAGUCCCGCGUCACUGCCGGGGGCCCCUGCAGCUUCGGCUCGGGCUCCACACCCGUCCUCGGGGGCAACACCUUCAGCCUGAAGGGCAAUCGCGGCGGCCACGAGCGCAACCGCAUCGUGCUGCCUUUCAGCUUCACCUGGCCGAGGUCCUACACUUUGCUGGUGGAGGCAUGGGAUUUCAGCAAUGACACUCACCAACUUGACAACAUUAUUGAAAAGGCUUCUCACUCGGGUAUGAUCAACCCGAGCCGCCAGUGGCAGACGCUGAAGCAGAAUACAGGGGUAGCUCACUUUGAGUAUCAGAUUCGUGUGAUCUGUGAUGAGUACUACUAUGGCUUUGGAUGCAACAAGUUCUGCAGACCACGAGAUGACUUCUUUGGACACUAUGCCUGUGACCAGAAUGGCAACAAAACUUGCAUGGAAGGCUGGAUGGGCGCUGACUGCAACACAGCUAUUUGCCGACAAGGCUGUAGUUCCAUGCAUGGAUCUUGCAAACAACCAGGUGACUGCAGUUGCCAGUAUGGCUGGCAGGGACUGUACUGUGACGAGUGCAUCCCCCACCCAGGCUGCGUGCAUGGCACCUGCAUGGAGCCCUGGCAGUGCCUCUGUGAGACCAACUGGGGCGGUCAGCUCUGCGACAAAGAUCUCAAUUACUGUGGGACGUAUCAGCCUUGUCUCAAUGGGGGAACAUGUAGCAACACUGGCCCUGACAAGUAUCAAUGUUCCUGCCCUGAAGGAUAUUCAGGACCCAACUGUGAAAUUGCAGAGCAUGCCUGCCUCUCAGAUCCCUGCCACAACCAAGGCAGCUGCAAGGAGACCUCCGCGGGGUUUGAAUGCGAGUGUUCUCCAGGCUGGACAGGCCCCACGUGCUCUACAAACAUUGAUGAUUGUUCUCCCAAUAACUGUUCCCACGGGGGUACCUGCCAGGACUUGGUGGAUGGAUUUGAGUGUGUGUGCCCGCCCCAGUGGACUGGCAGAACGUGCCAGUUAGAUGCAAAUGAAUGUGAGACCAAACCUUGUGUAAAUGCCAAAUACUGUAAGAAUUUGAUUGCCAGCUACUACUGUGAUUGUCUCCCGGGCUGGAUGGGUCAGAACUGUGACAUAAAUAUUAAUGACUGCCUUGGCCAGUGUCAGAAUGGCGCCUCCUGUCGGGAUUUGGUUAAUGGUUAUCGCUGUAUCUGUCCACCUGGCUAUGCAGGCGACCACUGUGAGAGAGACAUCGAUGAAUGUGCCAGCAACCCCUGUUUGAAUGGGGGUCACUGUCAGGAUGAAAUCGACAAAUUCCAGUGUCUGUGUCCCACUGGUUUCUCAGGAAACCUCUGCCAGCUGGACAUUGAUUAUUGUGAGCCCAACCCCUGCCAGAAUGGUGCUCCAUGCUACAACCGUGCCAGCGACUAUUUCUGCAAGUGUCCAGAGGACUAUGAAGGCAAGAACUGCUCCCAUCUUAAAGACCAUUGCCGGACCACCCCUUGUGAAGUGAUUGACAGCUGUACUGUGGCCAUGGCCUCCAAUGACACACCCGAAGGGGUCCGGUACAUCUCCUCCAAUGUCUGUGGUCCCCAUGGGAAAUGCAAGAGCCAGUCAGGAGGCAAAUUCACCUGUGACUGCAACAAAGGCUUCACUGGGACAUACUGCCAUGAAAAUAUUAAUGACUGUGAGAGCAACCCAUGUAAAAAUGGAGGCACCUGCAUCGAUGGUGUUAAUUCCUACAAGUGUAUCUGCAGUGAUGGCUGGGAAGGGGCCUACUGCGAAACCAACAUAAAUGACUGCAGCCAGAACCCCUGCUACCAUGGGGGCUCAUGUCGUGAUCUGGUCAAUGACUUCUACUGUGACUGUAAGAAUGGAUGGAAAGGAAAGACAUGCCACUCACGUGACAGCCAGUGUGAUGAGGCCACCUGCAACAAUGGUGGCACCUGCUAUGAUGAAGGGGAUGCGUUCAAGUGCAUGUGUCCUGGAGGUUGGGAAGGGACCACCUGUAACAUAGCCCGGAACAGUAGCUGCCUGCCCAACCCCUGCCACAAUGGAGGCACCUGUGUGGUCAACGGUGAAGCCUUCACGUGUGUCUGCAAAGAAGGCUGGGAAGGACCUCUGUGUACUCAAAAUACCAAUGACUGCAGUCCUCAUCCCUGUUACAAUAGUGGCACGUGCGUGGAUGGAGACAACUGGUACCGCUGUGAAUGUGCUCCUGGUUUUGCUGGACCUGACUGCAGAAUAAAUAUCAAUGAAUGCCAGUCUUCUCCCUGUCACUUUGGGGCAACCUGUGUGGAUGAGAUCAAUGGCUACCGGUGUAUCUGCCCCAUAGGGUACAGUGGUGUGAAAUGCCUAGAAGUUGCAAGGAAUUCUUGCUUGGUCAGAGGGAGUCUGAUCUCAGAAGGAGCCAAGUGGGAUGAAGACUGCAAUACCUGCCAGUGCCUGAAUGGAAGGGUUGCCUGCUCGAAGGUCUGGUGUGGCCCCCGGCCUUGCCUGCUACGCAAAGGACACAGUGAAUGCCCUAGCGGACAGAGCUGCCUGCCCAUCCUGGAAGACCAGUGUUUUGUCCGCCCCUGCACAGGGGUGGGUGAAUGUAGGUCCUCCAGCCUCCAGCCAGUGAAGACCAAGUGUAGUUCUGACUAUCAUGACAACUGUGUCAACAUCACCUUCACUUUCAACAAAGAGAUGAUGUCACCGGGUCUUACCACGGAACACAUUUGUAGUGAAUUGAGAAAUCUGAACAUUUUGAAGAAUGUUUCUGCUGAAUAUUCAAUCUACAUUGGGUGUGAGCCUUCCCUGACUGCAAAUAAUGAGAUCCACGUGGCCAUUUCUGCUGAAGAUAUACGCGAAGAUGGAAACCCUAUCAAGGAAAUCACAGACAAAAUUGUAGAUUUAGUUAGCAAACGCGAUGGGAACAGCUCAGUGAUUGCUGCUGUUGCAGAAGUUCGGGUUCAGAAACGUCCUUUGAAGAGUGAAACAGAUUUCCUGGUCCCGCUGCUGAGCUCUGUGUUAACCGUGGCUUGGAUCUGUUGCCUGGUGACAGCCUUCUACUGGUGUGUGCGGAGGCGACGGAAGCCCGGCAGCCACGCACGCUCUGCCUCUGAGGACAACACCACCAACAACGUGAGGGAGCAGCUGAACCAGAUCAAAAACCCCAUCGAGAAGCACGGCGCCAACACGGUGCCCAUCAAGGACUACGAGAACAAAAACUCCAAAAUGUCCAAAAUAAGGACACACAACUCGGAGGUGGAAGAGGAUGACAUGGAUAAGCACCAGCAGAAAGCCCGAUUCGCCAAACAGCCGGCGUACACGCUGGUAGACAGAGAGGAGAAGCCCCCCAAUAGCACACCAGCCAAACACCCCAACUGGACAAACAAACAGGACAACAGAGACCUGGAAAGUGCCCAGAGCUUAAAUCGGUUGGAAUACAUCGUAUAGCAGACCUCGGGGUGCUGCUAGGUCAAGUGUGAGGGCGCUUGGGGCUUGUGGUUCCCUCAUCUGUCAUGUCCUCGCCCAGUCUAAGGCUCUUACUGACUUAGAAUUCCUGUGUUAAUUUAAGUUUUGACAAGCUGGCUUACACUGGCAGUGAUAGUCUCUGCGAUUGGCUGGGAAACCAAGUGCUGCGUCUCACAGCUAUGCAAAUGCCAGCGGCCAGGGCCCUGGUGCGCACUCCUGCAGCCCACACAGAAUGGAUCAAGCUCCCAGGAGAAGGCCCGGACCCUCGGUCCCGACCCCCCUCUUCUGCCAGAUGUUGAUGGUGAUGCAGUCUUAGGAUCAUAGUUUUAUUUAUAUUUAUUGACUCGAGUUGUUUUUGUAUAUUGGUUUUAUGAUGACGUACAAGUAGUUCUGGAUUUAAAAGUGCCUUUGCAGCUCAGAACCACAGCAACUAUCACAAAUGAGUUUAUUAUUUAUUUUUUUUAUUAUAUGUCGUUGUUGUUGGGGGCGGGGGACUUUGAGGUCAGCCAUUGCUGGUAAAAUGAA